AUGGCAAAAGAGCAGCAAUCACAACCACGUCAGGCCGUGCGGUUACUAGGAACUACGGAGCCCAAACAUGUCGAAAUCCAUGCAAACCAAGGAAGAACACCCAUCGUCUACUGGAGUGACAUCGAGAAGCAGUUCUCCAAAACCGCGCUGGCGAUCUUUGCCGGAAAUGGCGUUGACUUUGUACGGGAUCACAACAUGCAAGCCCGACAGCUGGGGCGCGACUUGGAAAAGUACCACGAUGCGAACAUAGCUCAGCACAAGAUUGGACAUGCCAUGCUCAACAACGUUCUUCUGAAUGUAAAGUCCGGCAUCCGGGCUCUAUUCGACCUCCCCAGCCACUCGAUCCCAAGAAUGUUCAUCGUCAUCCCUGGGCCGACGUCCAAACGCAACCUUGCCAACAUAGUUUCCCGCUCCUACCGGCUCUUCUUCCUUUGCGAAUGCGGCGACUCGGCUGCCGCUGCAACCUCCACUAUCGACGGGGGAGUCUCCCAUAAGAUGCACUUUGCCCACCACGAAGGGUACGAGAUCAGAACGCCCAAGGCAUUUAUCCAAAAGUACGGUAGCCACAUGAUGAAGCUCCUUGAUAUGAUUCAAAAACUCGCGUCCGUCGGUAGUGCCGCCUUUCCCGCCUUCCCCGCCAUCCUCAACUCAUCCAUGUUGCCGUCCGAUAUACAGAACGUCCUUAAAUCCACCGACGACAACUGUCUGCCCAGGAUCAAGGAAAUCGCCGAACAUCUCCAACAAGUCCUCAACUCAACCGACGACACAAUCGACGCGAACCUCUGCCAGAUUCUUGACGGCCCCGACCUCCGAGCGAUCGAGUCGUUCUUGAUUCGAAAGGAUGACAACCGAAGCUUGGGCAACCUGCACCGGAUCCUGACGCCUGACUACAACAUCAAAUGGGUCUGUGACCAGCAUGUGGAAGAGAAUGCCAACCGCACCAACAUGGACGUACUUGAACACGCGAUCCGGAUAUUCAGUGGCGGCGCCCUAGACAAGAAGCGAGGACUAGUUACGGUGCGGCUCUCAUCUAGCAACGCCGAAGAGUUUUUCAGGUUAAUUGGGAAGGAACCUCUCAUUCAGGAGCUCGACAUCACCUUGGACUUUGGUCCAUCGACAGAGCAAAUCCGGACGCUACGACAGAACAUGAAGUGCUCCCACGUUUCGAGUCUGUCCAUCAACAUCGACGUUCCCGGAAGCAAGCAUAUCUUUCUGGGCGUGCGAAAGGUCGGCGGAGCCGCCCAACUCUUGAAACUCCUCGAGCUCGGGAAGGUGGGUAAGCCGGGGCCUUUCAGGAACCUAUCCGUAAAGGGUGUGCCAGACAUUUUGGAGGGGCACGAGUUCGAGAAAUGCCUUGCCUACAGUCUUGCCAUGGAUCAGGAGUCGUUCAAUUGGGGGCGGGAGAAGAGCAGGCAGCGACUGCUUCUGUUGCUGAACAAGGCUCCCGAUCUAUCGAACCUCCGACUCUGCAGCAGCACACUCUCGGAAGGAUACGACAUGGUCCGGCAGCUCGCCCGCAGAUCACAUCGACUGACGACCAUCCACAUCACUACGGACCGCCGGGAGCACAUCGAGUUUGGUCUCAAAGCAGGAUCGAUCGAAACCAUCGCUGGAACCGUCCAGGCAUCUGGAUUGAGCACAGUGGUGAUGUGGGAACACAAGGUCGAGAGACUUACAGUCAUGGCAGUCGACGAUCAUGAGACAUGGCCUGCGCUCGAGACUAUUAUUAUCCAGAAUCAUGGCCUCGCUCGAUUGGAUCUCCACUGUCCGGUCAACAGGUUUUGCUCCAUCUUCAAACAAGUCACCGCUACUGCCGGACCCAACUCGAAUCUCGGGACGCUCUGUCUCCGUCACGGGGACAGUGAGCUCCUCACAAAGGAUCUCAGCGACCCCAUCGCCACGACAACGAUCAAAAUGCUGCCAGAGGAGGAACGAGAUCUGGGCAUGUGGACGACCUAUUCACUGUUCGGCUUCUUUCCAGCCUACGAUGCGAAACCAUGCUUGCUGACGGAAGAGCAGGUUUUGACACUCCAAGACCAUUUUCAGAGUGUAAACGGACCGAUACGCCUGCAGGAAGUCAACCUCGAUGUCUCCAAUCUGAGUUGGUAUGGGUUCCACCACCUGAACACAUUCUUGGACAAGCACAACCAUAUUCGUGUCCGCCUUUCAGGAGCCUGGAGAAAGGACAUCCACAACGACUUUCUCUCGCGCCUCGGAGGACGACUUUCCGAAUUCGAUAUGACAGUACAGAUCUCAGGAACGAAUCCACUAGCGAAAGGAGCCAACACCCUGUUCGACACCCUCACACGCAUCCGAAACGCCGUCUCGAUCCCGGGUGCCAGAUUGAGGUUCAUGACCGACAAGGGCAACACUAUCGAUAUCCCCGACCUCCAAAACCCAAACUCUGCAUCCUUUGAUAUCAUCCAAGACGACGAACCAUUCGACUUUGCGCUCACUCGGUACUUUGGUCUCCUCCCAUCCAAGCUCUUCUGCGACAACGAGUUCUCUGACACAGAUGUCCCAAUCCUCCAAAACCUCAUUGCUCAAUGCCCAUCCCGCCUUCGAUACCUUUCCCUUUCCAUCACGGGUCUUGAUGAGGGGAGUAUGGAUGAAGUAGAAAAAAUGGUCCUUUUACUGUCUUCAGAUGCCGAGAUCAGGGUCGAGUGGAACGGAGACGGAGACAAUUACCGAAGCAGGCAUAAAGCGAAUACAAAGGUUUAUUUCCUCAUCAACGUCGCCCACCGGACGAAUGAACUCGACCUUAGCAAUAUCAACAACUUUUGCGACCCCCCGUCGACCCUCAGUUGGCCCGUCUUAAGAUCCGUCUCCUUGAGGAACAUUCGCGGUUCGCAUUGGCUCUCGGCAUGGAUCCAGUUGAUGGUUGCGUCAAAAUGGCUACGAAUGGUGUCUCUGGUGGGUCUAAAGGAGUUCGGGCACGUAGAGUGGGGUAAAGUUCUGGCGAAGAUGAAUUCUGCAGGCCUUGAGUCGCUUAAGAUCUCGUCUUCGCAUCUUCCAGUAGAAUUACUGCCGCAGUUGGUGGACCGGAUCCCGCGGGCUGGUGGGUGCUUGAGUAAGCUGAUGGUGGAGUGUGAUGAGACACCUAGGAAGGGCUGGUUCGGAUGCAAGAAGACGCCAGUUGAACGGAUAGAUUUUCAACAGUUGGUUUGGGAUAGAGCUCCGACGUGCAGUGUCACCAUUGAUUACAAUUGGAUCAAGGAGCAGUAG